AUGUUAACUGCACGUGGCCUCGUUCGCGCCAUCUUUCAGGAACAGCGUCCGUCAUCAUCGAUACCGUCAUCCCCUUCCCGCAAGACAUUGCGCAACGAUGAUAGACGUCGUAGCUGCGUGAACGACGCGAAGAGUGAAUCCUCGUACGUUCCCAAACGCUUUGAAGGCGAAUACAAUGUAUGCUUUUAUCGCAAACCUUUAGGCGUUGGGCUCGUGCCCAGUUCACAGCUCUACGGAUCGUGGGAAGUGAGUUCCGUGAAGGAGACGGAAGAGGGUGACCCACUAUUGUCCAAAAGUGACGUGCUGAUCGCUGUUAACUUUGAUCGCCACAAGGCACAGCUGCCGCGUGCAAAACUUGCCGCGUAUUUACGUAAAUGCUCAUGUCCCAUUGUCAUGACGUUACGGAAUCCGGAAGUCUACGGGUCAUUAGAUUCGCAAGCUAUGUCGACGGCCAUGUAUCCGGCCUCGAUUGACUACCAUCAUUAUUUUCCAACAAAAGUGGUGGCCAGAGCGUCCUCCACGCAAUGGCGACGUUCCUUAGACCACGACUUGGCUUUCAAUGCAAAGAUGUCGAAGAGAGAGACAUUACGGAAACUAGCUGAAGCUUUGGUGAGGACAGAUUGUCAUACAGCUGCCUCUGCUGGGAUAGCAGGAGCCUUGGAACAACGGGAGCUUGACAGUGCCGUGGUAGUGAGUGGUGUGGAUGAAGAUGGGAAGGAAGUAGCUGGACGCAAGCUGUCGGAGCUAGGAGAGUUUGACGUUACAUUUAAUGAAACUCCAUUGCACUUGGCACUCGCACCGUCAACAAGGCUUUACGGAUCGGUGGAAGUGUACGACCCCAAGCAGAACGCACCAAUUGUACAAGUGGGUGAUGUGGUCAUGGCUGUCAAUGGCUAUUCAUCGAUCUUACGUCUAACAGCUGAUGAUGUCAUCGACACCAUUGCUGAGUUACAAGCCCCAAUCACACUGCGGUUCCGCCGACCAGUGGCAUACCGCAAGUAUUUGGCACGGUCUUUAACGACGAAAAAAGAACUUUCGUCACGGUCCACCGCGAGUGCUAUGUUUCCGCCGUCGGCCGAAUACAAAAAGAAAGCAGAGGUAAGAUCCGCUAAGAAAGUCAGUCAACCUGGAGCACUUGUCUCUCAAAGCUUUGUUGAGCCGGAACCCACGGGAAUUUUCUCGCCUAAGAAAGUAUCUGCCUCUGGCAACAAGAACGAAAGACGGGUGAGAGAUUUCAGAGCCUUUGCAGCGAAAAUUGGAGCCUUGGAUCAAUUCAAGUUGUGGGCUGGUGACGAAAACUCUACAGUAGGAAGACCUAUAGCUGGCCACCAGUCCUCUUUCCUGACGGAGAAACACAUGCAGUUCCUUUGGAAGAACCUGCCAAACUAUCUCACUUGCAACCAAAUGGAGCUGGCAUUUACCACUCAGGUCCAUGGUUGGAACUUCCUGAGCUUCUUCUCAAGACUUGAAAACAAGGGGCCAACAAUCGUUGUUGUACAGGAUGAGCACGAACACAUCUUUGGAGCUUUUUGCUCAACGUCGUGGAAGCGCUCGAAAACGAUUUUUGGCAACGGACGGACAUUUGUUUUCUCGUUGAGCCCACGUAUGGAAGCAUACACAUGGUCAGGGAUCGACAGUUCCUUUAUGUACACGCAGCGCGACUCUAUAUUUGUGGGCGGAGGCAGAAAGGGCAUUGCACUGUGUCUGCAGCUGGAUGACAGACGCGGAUUUACGCAUGUCUGCACUACGUUUGACUCCCCACCGCUUGUCGACUAUGAAGAUUUCCAGUGCGAGACGGUCGAGGUGUGGAGUUUUCACGGGUUAAAGGUCUGA